AUGGCUUCCAACUUCCAUGUGCAGAAGCCCUAUGUGCUGACGACGUUGCCGAGACCCUUGGACCCGUCCACCGGCCGCUACGUCGUCGGCGAAGUCUACGGGACCACCGAGGGUUCUCGCAAGCGGAAGCGCUCUGAAGUGACGGUCGGCGUUGAUGGCGAAGCGGUUAAUAUCUACGAUGUAUCUUCCGCCAGACUUGUCACGUCGUACCCAAUCCCGCCCCAGUCGUCCUUUACUUGCCCGCCCACCUCUCUCCGCCGUAGGAUACUAGGGAGUAAAGACGUUGCACGCUACACCUACAUCGCGACCAAGGACCCGGCCUUGACCUUGACCCUGUUCAAGGAUAUUGUUGAGUCGUCCGGGAAGACCACCUCUUCAACCAAGACAACGUCCUUGCCUGCAACCUCGCCUGUCGUCUACCUGGCCACUCGCUUGGCCCCAACCCCGAAAGGAGAUGCCCUGUCUCCCACUGGCGGCGGCGAUCUCUUGGUCGUGCGUGAGAGCGGAGAGAUACUUGGCCUCGACAGUGAAUCCCUGCAGCAGAAGUGGAAGACAUCACCCGCCAUUCUGCACCAAGAUCUUGCCUACGAAGCAAAGGCCGAGUUCAAACUUGAGGCUUGCAUAUCCGCACGGGCCUCGGAGGUCAUCGAUGGAAUUUUCAAGGGCAACCGCGAUGCGCUCAGUUCUAUUGCUAGUGAACUGCGAGACAAUGCCGAUCCUGAGCUGCUGCUGGCUGUCUCCAGCAUGCCCUCGGACGGCCAGAGGCUUCGUCACCUGCAUCUGCUCGGCCCAAUCCCACACUCGCAGACCCUGGCGCACUCGUCACGAGGACUCAUCCAGCUACACGUUGUACCGAUUGUGGCUUCCAGCGUGUCACCCGAUUCCAAGUCGCAGUACCGCGUCGAUGUUCGUUCCGGUACUCUCUCCGAGUUGUCCAACGGCACUCUUACUGUCUACGACCUGACUGCAAACAUCCCGAAGGUGCUUUCUCAAAUACAAGUUGACGAUGCUACCUCGUUCGUGCGCCUGUCUAAGAGCUCCGUGCUCACAUCAACCCCGAGCCUCCUGAAUGUCUACAAUCCUCAAUUCCGAUCCAUGCAGAGCUCGGUCACCAUUGACCCCGAUAGCCAGACCGAGACAGACAGUCCCAAGUCUCCUGGAUGUGCUCUCGUUGGAUACUUUUCACGACUGCAACUGGCCAUUGGCAUAUCUGAAUCUAGUCUGCUAGCUAUUCAACUCGAGGCACCAAAGUCCCGAACCAACAAACGCCGAGCUGAAGGGUUGCUCAUCGACUCCAUAGGCCGCGGUAUCCCCGAGACCAAGCGUGCAGCAACUGAGUCAAAGAAACGUGCCGCAGCAUUCUCGACAUUCUCGACCUAUCUGCCUGGGUCCAUGCUUGGUGACUACUUGGAGGCCUGGACCGAGGAUGUCCAACGGGCUGAUACUCUACUCGAAUCCGAUUCCAUUGAAAAGUUUGAAGCACUCCUUGCUGAGAAGUUUGGACUCUCAGUUCGGGCUGCAAAACUUACAAAUGGAGUCAAGCAUACUGAGAAGACUGCCGACCAGCCUCUAUCGCUGCCUGAAUGGGAAUGGCCCGAGGACAGGUCCGCUUAUCCUCGCGUGGACAGGCGAUGGAUUAUAUACAGUAUCAGCAGAGCAUUCCAGUGGAACACUGACAACGCUGGGGAUAGCACCAUCCCUCGUCUGGUGUGCUCGCUUCCUUUUACCAAUGUUGUAUCAUAUUUGGCAGACGCAGGACAUUUGACAGUCUCAAACGUCAAGUCCGCUCUGCGAGAGCAGCUUAGCGGUGUUGAUAAUGUUGACUAUGUCGUAGCUGACGAGCUCAUCACUCGACUUGCUGAGCUUGACCCUACUUUGGAGCUUCUGACUUGCUACAUUUCGGGAACCACGCUGGGUUCUGUCGAGCUGGUCACUGCAGUGCGUACAAUUAUGCGCAGCCUGGAAUUGGUCCAAGAUCCGACCCAGCCGCCUCCAAAGAUGCUCACCAGCACGGCUGCGGAAGGAACAGAGAAUGGCGAUAUUGGCAUGGAAUUAGAUCACCUGGAGGAGGAGGUGUUCAAGGCCGAGUCUAUCCUGAAUGGCAACAUGGGCGUCCGCGGCAGUGGCCUGAGUGUUGCUUUCGCCAAACUCGGCAACUGCCCAGCAACGUCAAUGAUCAAGGCGCUACGCACAACACUCAAGCCCGAGGAGAUACUUUCUCUGGUCUAUCUUCUACGUGUCGAACUGGUGAAGGGAGCUUGGACGUCGCGAUACUUGGACACUACGGACUUUGAGGAGGAUGCCGAACUUGACGCACCCCCGGAUGGCAUCAUCAAGCUCCUUGCAGACCUUUUGAGCCGCUGUGUAGACUCGAUAGGUCCUGGCGGCUGGUUGCUCAACGAUGCACUUCUGGCCGGCGACGACUCGGGCGACUUCAUUGCGUCACUCAAGCUUGAAGUGAGUGCCGCGCUGGAGGGCUUGGAGGAAGCCGUCUACCUCAAGGGCGUCGUCAGCGAGGCCGUGAGAUAUUGCGAGGCCGCCCAGAAGGCUGAAAUCAAGCAGAGAUUCGAUCUGGCGAAGCCGAUUUCCCUGCAAGUCAAGGAGCUAGGCUCCGAGGCGCUGCCGCUGGGCUUGAAGAUCAAGGGCAAGAUUGAGAAGACCAAGGUGGUGUCAGGCGGAGAGAUCGUGCAGCGGUCGACGAGAGAAAAGGGCCAUCUCCGCAGUCAGCAGGUGGGUCCUUACUCGUUGGAGAGAAUUGCCAUAUAG